UACUGCGCAGACUCUGGCCCCAAAUAAGCAAGAUGGCAACGACUAUAUUGUCCAUCUUUUGGGCUUGUGUAGAUAAUGACCCUAGUUAAUGGUUAAUGCAUCCGUGGUUGUGACGCAGUGAAAAAAAAAAAAAACAUGUUUCCAAGAGAGUUUGCGUGGGGAGCGGCAACUGCUGCGUAUCAAAUAGAAGGAGGCUGGCAGGCAGACGGCAAGGGACCAAAUAUCUGGGACAUAUUUUGUCACGAGAAAGGCCGUGUGUUUGAGGAGCACAAUGGAGACGUGGCCUGUAACAGCUACGAGCUGUGGGAGAAGGACCUGGAGUGCAUCCAGCAGCUUGGACUGACGCACUAUCGUCUGUCUCUCUCCUGGGCCCGCCUCCUGCCUGAUGGGACCACAUCACAUGUCAAUCAAAAAGGUGUAAAGUACUACAACAAGGUGAUUGAUGAUUUGCUGGCCUGCAAUGUAUCACCUAUGGUCACACUUUACCACUUCGACUUGCCUCAAGCUCUCCAAGAUCAGGGUGGAUGGAAAUCACCAGAUAUAGUGACCCUGUUUGACAGCUAUGCCAAGUUUUGUUUCCAAACAUUUGGUGACCGCGUCAAGCUUUGGAUCACUAUCAACGAGCCCUAUGUGUGCGCCAAAUUUGGCCAUGAAGACGGCAUCCACGCCCCGGGGUUAAAAGAACCAGGCAUUGCCACCUACCUGGUGGGCCAUAACAUGCUGCGUGCCCACGCCAUGGCCUGGCACAGCUACAACUCCUUCUACAGGACAAAGCAGAAGGGUGCAGUGUCUCUGGCCAUCAACAGCGACUGGCUUGAGCCGUUACACGCAGGUUGCACCGAGGAUAUCGCUGCCACGGAACGCUACUUUGCAUUUACACUAGGGUGGUUUGCCUGGCCCGUGUUUGUUACUGGAGAUUAUCCAGAAUUAAUGAGAUCUGCCAUCGACGCCCAAAGUAAGAAGAUGGGAUGCAGUGGCAGCUCAAGACUGCCCAGUUUCUCAAAAGACGAACCUGGCAUUUUGGGCACAGCAGACUUCUUCGCGUUGAACUACUACACGUCUCGUAAAGUCAAGCCUGGGGGAGGUUGUGGAAAGAUGUGUAUGGUGAGCGACCAAGAUGCAGAAGUAGUUCUGGAUCCAUCCUGGCCUAUUUGUGGUGUGUCAUGGCUCGCCGUAGUGCCCCAUGGCUUAAGGAAACUUCUCAAGUACAUCAAGGACACUUUCAACAACCCAGCAGUCUACAUUACAGAGAAUGGCUUCUCUCAGGUGGGGCCGCUGCAGAUAGAGGACGUCCAGCGCUCAGGGUUUUACAAGGACACCAUCUUGGAAGUGGCUAAAGCUAUACAGGAAGAUGAGGUCAACGUCCGUGGAUAUUUCGCAUGGUCACUGUUGGACAACUUUGAAUGGGCUGAUGGAUUCAGUGUUCGCUUUGGAUUGUUCCAUGUGGACUUUGCGGACGCAAAGCGAAGCCGAACCAUAUACCAGUCUGGACGGGAGUAUGCAAAGAUUAUCUCAAAAUACAAAUGUGGUCAAUCCAAGUGAGAAGACAGAAUAAUAAUCAUAAAAUGAUUCAAUUUAUACAUUCUUAAAAAACUAGCAGUUUUUGCAUUUUGUUUUUGUCUGACUCACACAUUCAUACAAAUUAGAUGAGUCUAUCCAUUUAAACUAAUCAACCAGGCUUCAUCUAACUGUAGAUCCAAAAUUUAUAGCAGCACUAUUGUCUCAUGUUUAGAAAAUUGUCAGGGUCAUUUAUAGAUAUCUGUCUUCAGCAGGGGACGUGAGGUUAUGGGCGUAGAGUGUUAAGUUGAUUCAAUAGGAUGCAAAUCAGUAUUCUAUCCUGCCCAAUUCCCAGUCAAUCUGUACGAGAAGAGUUCCUCACUCAGAGGGCUCAGGCAGCCAUAAGACCAAGCAGUGGCUGCAGAAGGAUGUGUAUGAAUGGUUUAUCUGUGUUUUAAGCCCCCAAUGUCUCCUUCUAGGCAGUGCUGCCUGGAAGGCAAUGGUUAGGGUUCGGUGCCUUGAAGUCAACGGUCGCAGCGCUGCCUGGAAGGAGACGUUGGGGGCUUAAAACACCAUUGAGCUUAUGAAUGCAUUGUCAGUGAUUCAUAGCAAUAUUAAUGGUGGCCUCAUCUUGAAUAACACCAUUGUUAUGUGCCUUUGUACAUGCAUUCACCUUGUAUAGCAACCUAUCCACUCCUUAAAUCUACCUGUGAAUCAGAUGAGUGUGUUUUUGAUAGGCAGCUAUCAUGAUGAAUCUGAAAAAAUACAAUAUCUUUUAUUGUACUCUAGUAAAUACUCAAGUAAAUUCUGCAGUUUGUGAUUUGUGGUAUUUGAAGUACAAAGGAAAAUAAAUGACACCUUUCAUUUC